AUUUUGCAAAUUAGUCCGCUAUGUCGGGGCUGGCCUACAUCCGUCCUGUAGCUAGUGUGCGACGGCUUCGGGUUUAGAAUCGGGAGUGAAGAAUUUGGACACGAGCGAUGGAGGCGAUGUCAAGAAUGCAAUUGCAGCUGAAAGCAUGUUCGGCCGUGCAGAGUUCACGAAGGGGGCAGUCUUUGAGCCACGCACCGCUACCGAAUGCCUCGACGAGCAAUUCAUCGAUGAAAUCCACAAGCUGGUUUUCUUCUACUCAGUCUAUCUUUCGAACAUCUGAACCCUGCCAGAGAAAAAGAACCAAUGCCAAACGAUUCAUCGACGAAGUUUUAGAUCCAGCUCCCUCCAGAGGAAGGGAUUCAAGCACCGGUGUCAUGCUUUCAGCAGCCAAGGCGAUUCGAUGGUCAGGGUCCAUUAGAAGUGCAACCGAGAACUCUCUUUGCUCGACGUCGCCAUCUUUGCCGCCCCUGGACUGCGCCACGGUUAUCAUUCUGAAAUUUGCAUUUAGCUUUCAAGACAAGAAUUUACAGGAGAUGCACAAGGAGCUGCUCUGGAUGUUGGACUCGCUGCUGCCGGCAAAGAGGAUCAUGAUGAAUGAGGUCACGUGGAACUUCCUCCUCAGGGAGACCCAGUUCUCUGCUGAUGAGAUCAUGUUGUAUUAUCUGCUACACGUUCUGUCCACGAGAGCUUUCGAUGCGGAGCUAGUCACCGAUCUGGUCCACCUCAGAAGAACGUCGUGCCUCGCCCACGAGAUAGUGCAUGAGAUCUUGUGCGACGUCUCCCGGAGGGUAGUACUGAGAUACGGAGUACCGAACGUAAAACGCACGGCGAAACUCACACCUGAGGAGGUGGAGGCCGAAGCACCCGCCCAAGCUGCAUUCAGCAAAAUUCUCUACCUCGCCGAGCUUCGUCCGUUCUGCUUUCCGGACACUCCGAGCUCAUGGGAAAUCCUGAAGAUUUUCGAGGUGACCGAGGAGGACGCCAUGAGACUUCGGUUAUCAGAUCCUUUGUCUGAUCAGGCAGCCGAAGCGUUAAGUUCUGAUUUCACACCCGCGCCGUGCAAUACCUACGACUGAUUAGAAAGUACAAGCUUACAGAAAAUUAUAGAAAAGAAAUGAGGGCUUUAGAAGAUAUGAAAGAAAUGAGGGCGGGCGGGUGGCGACGGGCAUUGAUUCGGAAAUUAGAGAAAAAUAAUAAGAUGUGAAAUAUAAGGAUCUCAGUUUCAAUAUGUAUAUGAACAGGUUGCUAUAUGAGUAAGUUAUUCAAAAUACAAUAAAAGGACUGUGUCUAUGGCCGAUUUUGACUCGACCAAUUC